UUAUGAUGAUAUUUCUUGAAUGAAUUAUUCAUGUUUUUAACACGUAACAUAUAUAAUUACUUUAAAAAAAAAAAAUGUGUCUUUUCUCGAUAGUAUGGGAUUUGCAAGAUUUCAAUUUUCUAUUGCUCAUAUUUUCGAAAUCACAUGUCUCAGAAUUGCGAAAAUUGUAAAGAACAUGUAUAACGAGCGUUCCAGUUAUACCAUUAGAAAUUACCAUGAUGCUGUUAAAAAGUUGCAGAGUCUUCAAAGUAAUUCUAAUUAUAUCAAAAUUGCUACAAAUAAUCCAACACAAAAUUCGGCCAAGUUGAAGGAUAUGGAAAAAUAUUUAAAUAGGUCUGGUAUUAGCUUGGAACAACUGGACGAGCUCUCUGUUAUACAUGUAGCCGGUACCAAAGGAAAAGGUUCCGUAUGUGCUUUUACAGAAUCCAUAUUGCGAGCGCAUGGAUUUAGAACUGGUUUUUAUAGUUCACCUCAUUUAAUUACCGUUAAAGAACGAUUUAGGAUAAAUGGCUCUCCUAUUGAUGAAAAAGAUUUUGCUUAUUAUUUUUGGGAUUUAUAUAGAAAAUUAGAUAACUCGAAAGAAUCUGAAUUGGACAUGCCAAUGUAUUUCAAAUUUCUUACCAUUUUAAUGUUUAAUAUGUUUUUACGUGAAAAUAUAGACGUAGCAAUUAUAGAAGUUGGAAUAGGGGGAGAAUACGACUCAACCAAUAUCAUAAGAAAUCCUGUAUGUGUUGGUAUAACGAGUUUAGCGCUAGAACAUACUUCUAUAUUAGGAAAUACAAUAGAAGAAAUAGCAUAUCAGAAAGCAGGUAUUUUCAAACCAAAUACAAUUGCGUUUACAGUCCCUCAACAAAAAGAAGCUUUAGAAAUAUUGAAAGAAAGAGCAAUCGAGAGGCAAACCGUUUUACACAUUACGCCAUCGUUUCAGGAUUAUAAAUGGAAAAAUAAUGUAUUAAACAAUACAACGUUUAGUCAAAUUCAACAACAAAAUGCUUCUUUAGCGAUACAGUUGGCAAUUCAAUGGAUGCAAUCUCGAAUUAAUCAAAACUAUUCUUUGAUAAUUAAUAAGAAACUUAAUAACAAUUUAGAGGAGAAUAAUGUAGAAAGGAAUAUUAAAAAUAUCAAUUUUGAAGAAAAAGAACAUAUAUCGUAUGAAAAAAUUGCAAGAGGGUUAUCUUGUUGCAUGUGGCCAGGACGACAAGAAAUUUUAAAGGGUACUUUAUUUGAUUUUUAUUUGGACGGUGCUCAUACUAUAGAAAGUAUGAAUUGUUGUAUUUCUUGGUUUACUAAUCAAAUAGAAAAUGUUAAUGGUAAACGAUAUUUGAUUUUCAAUAUGAUCGGAAAACGCAAUGUGUCUCUAUUCAUAAGAUCUUUGAAAAAGAUUCAAUUUCAUAAAGUUUAUUUUGUGCCUAAUCUUUCUGGAAUACCGGAAAUAGAUGUUCAGUCGACGAUCAAUUCGAUAAAUGAACAACAAAAUAAAUGUCAAGAGUAUUGCACAAUGUGGGGAGAGCAUUCCGUUGUUGCCGAAAAUGUAAUGGAAAUUUUUAAUGAUAUUAAGAUUGAACAUACCAUUGGGAAAACUAGUAUUUGUAAAGAUAGAUCUCAAGUACUUAUAACUGGGUCUUUGCAUUUAGUAGGGGCAGCUCUUGCUAUUUUGGAUCCUAAUUUGACUAUGACUACAAAAUUUUGACCCUUUCUUUUCUGGCACAACCGGCCGGUCACGUGUAUACAGUAGCCUACAAAAGUUUCGAAUCAUUCUAUUUUUCAUACGACGAUGAUACAAAACGUAUUCCACAUUUAUAUUUGAAAGCAAUAAUUUGUAUAUAUAUAUAUAUUGUUAAAUAAUUAAUUAUUAAAAAGUUAUUAUAUUUAAUGACUGUGCGAAAGUAUCCUGCCGCGUGUUAUUGUUUAUGACAAAAAAAUUUGAAAAGUAAGGAAACAUGAUUUGAACUUCUUCAUUUGAUUCAAUACUUUGUAGCUAUGUCCUUAGCAACGAUAAUUGCAAUGCAUCGAUGAGACAUGGAUGCAAUUCAUUGCGAGAUCCGUUCUUGUAACAAUAUUUCCUCACUCAUGUAACAAAUGAUUCUACAAUUCCGUUUUUUUGGAGUGAUUUUUCGUUCCAAUACGAUGUUUCAGGUCUUCCCACAGGUGUUAAAUUGAUUAUAAGUCCAGUAACUGAUCAGUUACGGCCCGUCAAGUAGGCCCGUAUAGCCGGUCAAGAAGGCCCACUCUUCAGCUCAGAAAAAAAUUCUUCACUAAACGCGAAGCAUGUUUUGGGUCAUUAUCUUGUUGAAAAAGCCAAUCACGAACGCGAUAUACUUUUCAUUACAAAUAUAUUCUUUUACAUUGUAGCAUCCAUAUUGCUGUGAAUCUCUAUCAUCGGAUCAAUACAGUCAUCAGAAAAUACUCUUCAAAUUUUAAUGUUCUCAUUACCGUGUUUUAUGGUAGAAAUUUGAUAUCUAAUAUUAUAU